CGUCUGUGCCUUACGACGGAAUGUUUGAGAAUCUUUGUGAUAUCCUAUCCGUUGUACGGUAGGUACCGGUACUUGUACGUACUCGUACGGUUCGAUUUUUUUCUUUUCGUACCUUUAUUCACUCGCGUCUAGCUUGCCUUUUAGCAUACCGGUACGAGCGUCAUCAUUAGGUUAUUUAGGUUUCCGGGUCCAGAACCACAGUUCGCGGAGACUACGACGCUAGUCGAGAUUUUGAAAGAAAUAGAACAACAAUGCCUUGUUACAAUCUUUGGGAUCAUGACGGCCUAGAUAUAGAAAUUCCCGAGGAAAUCUUCCCGGACGAAACUUUUCGUAAGGAGAAAGAUAUUCUUUUCGACCAUCCACAGCACGGCUACUUUGAAUCGUGCUACCAAGGCAAAAAACUCCAUUACAGAAAAAAUCUUCCGCCCGAGGGCACACCCAUCCGAGCAAUCGUAGUGUGGCAGCAUGGCAUCCACGGACAUUCCGGGUACGGGAUGAAGUGCUCGGAUGGUCGGUUCACCGACAUGGCAUUGCGUAUCCGAAUGAUGAAUGCGAAAGGAUAUGCCGUGUAUUCGCACGAUCUAUUAGGGCACGGAUUCUCGGAAGGCGAGCGAUUUUACAUCCCCAAUGGCAAUUGGAAGAUCAACCGAGACGAUCUGAUCAAUUUUGCUCUCCUGGUUGCAGAUAAUCACCCCGAGGAUACCCCAUUGAUCCUAUCCGGAGAUUCCUAUGGUGGAUGUCUAGCAUUCCAUGCUGCCCAUGUAUUGCAGACCGAAAAACCGGAACUCGCAUCAACACGGUUCCUUGGAUGCGCAUUGAAUUGUCCUUCUUUUCACGGUGAUAUCCCAUCACUGCCAGUUACCUUAUUUUUGCGGUAUGGUUUAGCGCCGUUCUUCCCACUUUGGACGCCUUUUUUCAUGCCACACCCAAUCACGCCCGAACGGUGUUGGAGAGAAACCGAGCCUAGAGCACACUUCACAGAUCAAAGUCAGAUUCAUGGACUUUCAAAGGGAGGAAAACCUUUUUGUUUGGGAACUGCGGUGGGCCUUCUAUCUGCGUUGCAAGCGUCUCAAGUGCUUAUUCCUAUCUUUUGUCUGCCCUUUCAUAUCAACCACGGUUCGGAUGAUUACGGAGUUCCUCUCAGCGGUAGUCAGUCUUGUUUUACCAACUCAAAAACUCCUGAUAGUGAGAAAGAAUUGAACAUUGUCCCUGGAGGGUACCAUUGCCUUUUUUCUCAGUUAGACUCGAAGAGUACGAUGCAGCACGAAAUAGAUUGGAUCGAGAAAAAAAUACGAGGUACAGAAAAAUAGGAUGGCUUUGUUCCCUUUAUCGAUCCCGCACAAUUUGAACCCACGAAAAGGUUUGGCAAUUUUGCUCUAUUGCUCCUAGACUCUCUUGAAACUAGUGGUUUGAAUAAGAUUCACAUGUAACCUAUUCUCGGUCAAAUGAGUGGAACUUUGUCAAUAUUCAUCACUAGUAAAUUUCUGUCGAUAGUAGAAGUCAUAUGCAAAUCCUACAGUAGAAUGUGCAUAGAAUACAAUGCUCGUAAGUGGCAUCAUGGUGCUAAAUUAAAAAGACAAGAGGCAUCGAUGUUUGGCCAUUCUGGUCUCUCCAUGGCAGGAACACCAGUGAGUAGAUUAGUGCUAGUACUACUACUACUAGUCCUGCUUCUAAGAGCCUUCUCUACUAUCACCAUCUUGAUGCAAGGUUGAUGUCACCUCUUCAUCAGUGACCACAGAGUUGCCUCUACCAGUGGAAAGUUGCAUCUUGCAUUUGUUUUUCCUUGAGAAAUCUAGCAAGUGCUUCUAGUACUAUUAGUGGUAGUCUAGUAUGUUGUCAUGUUAGUAGCUAGUUGUAGUAUUCCCCCAUAUGCUGUGCAUGUACUAAGGAAUGUCACCUGUUGAACUUCAUAGUUUUAGAAAUAAGAAGUUCUUAUUUUUUACCUCUUGAACUAGAAAAUAGCAUUUGGUAAGCCAGAACAACAACCAUCACUCCUUGGGAGAGGAAUGCUUCUACUAGUACCACCACCAUCUUUCAUUGAAGCUGCAGUGUUAGCUCUUGUUGCUGGUGAUGCAACAGAAGUAAUUGAUCAUAGAGAGAUGCUGAAAGUACUUUUGAGAGGACAGAAGGAAUUGAAUAGUAACUUGUUGGGUUGUUGCUGUUGUGCACAAAUGUCGGAAACAACAACAUCAUGACCAGAAUCUUCUUCUGGUUGGUAGUAAGAAAAUAACACUGGGACUGGUGACACAACAAGGAGCUAAGGCUGUGAAGAGUACAUAGCAUAUACUCCAGGCAUUGUUCUACAAAGGAAAGUUCUUGGUUAAAUACUGGGGGCUGGGGUUGUUGUUGCUGCUGUCCAACAUGAAUGUUGGAAACACCAACAUACUGACCAUAAUCUUCUUCCUCCAGUCUUCUUUAAAUACUGGAACUAGUAUGGAGUCGAGGCUGGUGGUGAAUCAUCUUAAACUGAGUAUGCAGCAUAGACUCCAGGAGUUGUUCUUCAAAGAAAAGGUCUUGGUUGAAUGCUGGGGGCUGGGUUUGUUGUUGUUGCUUGGUAGCACAAAUGUCAGAAACAACAACAACAACAACAACAACAACAACAACAACAACAACAACAACAACAACAACAACAACAACAACAACAACAACAACAACAACAACAACNCAACAACAACAACAACAACAACAACAACAACAUUUACCAGCUGGUUGACAGCAUCAAACACCCCCAUAAGAGGGGGGAAUCCCACGGUGAAAACUAAACCACAAUCAUCAAUACUAGCAUACAGCACUAACUCAAAUUAAAUUAAUGAACUGAGCUGUAUGAUGCUAUCAUCAUUUACAUACGAUCACUUUGUUGCAGUACUAGGUGACAGUAGGAAUUAUACUUAUUCCUGCUCAAUCUUCUUGUAUUGGUUUUUGUGCAUACUGAUGCGGGAUCAGAAACUGUUUUCUGCUAAUUUUUCAUGUGUGGAUUCCCACAAAAACGGUUUGUAUUGGCAUACACAUGUAGUCUGCAUUGCCAUGCACAUAUUCUGCAUCAUAGACUUGUCUUCAUUACAAUACAUGUGAACUCAUCUUCAUUACAGUAUAAAUCUGUAAAUUCCAUGGCUUUGCUCUCUAUUGGCUGACGUGAGACAAAGUACAUGCUAAAAUUGGAAGGGGUAUAUAAAAAUUGAUCCUUCUGCAGCAACAGAGCGGAUACCAUCCAUUAUUCCAGUAUGGUACUGUGUAGUAAAAGUAAGCACUUUUGAGUGCACCUAAACAACCCUUAAGGAAAGUAACAACUGUGUGCUCUGACCAUGGUGAAUGAAUGAGCAAAGUAUGAAUCAAUUGCUGCUGUAGCGACUGCCACUGUCGUAGCAACAGCAGGAGCUGCUGUAAUUGAUUCAUCAUCAGCUGGAACAUUUAACUGGAACAAACAGUUUGCCAACCAACAUUCUGAUGUUCUAACCAAACACCUGUGUUUCCAAACAACCAAAAAAAAACUAAUCAACUAUGGGAUUCACCCAAACACGUUAUUUCUGUCAGGGGAAAUUCCACGUCCAACAUAAAAGAAGAAACCCUUGCAAAAUCAUUCUUCUUGUAGGGUUCUUCCACUCCAGUUGCUGCUGGUGGUGUCUUCAUGAAGGUCAAUAGGAUCUGGUUGUGUCCUAUAUUGCUACAUUGGUACUAGUAGUUGUAGAGGUUGACCAACAAGUUCAUGAUGAUCAUCCUGUCUCCAAGCUCCUCCAAGAACAUUCUGUCUUUGAUUCUUGGAAACUGUCCUUGAAUCAUCCUCAUCCCCCACUCGGACAUCUGCCUCAAGGAUGCAGCGUCCCUAUUGAUAAGGAGGUUGUCAGGGUCCUGCUGUGAGGAGCCCUUGAUGAGGAUAUGAUGCUCUACCAGAUUGCUGCCAUCUGGUAGCAAUCUGGUAGCAUUUCUAGUCAAAAUCUGGUACUAGAAAGUAGUACUUGUAGUAGCUCUCUUUCCUGCCAUAAAUAUUUUUUGUAUCAAUUAGAUUCACUUAGCCCCCUCCCCAAAGUUUCAGUCCUCUUGUACGCAAUAUGUGUUGUGAAUGAAUGCUGUGUUCAGAGCACCAGCAAGUUACCAUUCUUAUUGUUGCCAGACUAUUGCCUGGUGGUAGCAUGCCCGGCGUGGUAAAAUCGUACAUGAUGAUCGUCCCUGUAGAAUUCCUACUGUUAAAAAGCUGUCAUGUCGUAAUUCGGACCCGUUGUCGUACCGUACGAUAUUAACGGUAGUAUCGGCAUCAAACUCUUCGACGUAACAGUACCGUACGUACGUACUCGUACUCAUUAGUUGUACGUACAAUAGAACAGGGGUCAUAAUUUAGAGGGGUGUGCAACGUGUCGAAACUCAUAUUCCACGUGCGGUCCAAAUUUCCAAAAAGUCACCGAAGGAAUUUUUUUCAUUCUCAUUUUUACUGCAUAAUACUAGUAAAACUAUCCAACCUUUAAGCAGUUACAGCUUUAUCAAAAAUACUACUAUUUUAAUUUUUGAGUAGCCAGUCUAGUCCAGUUUUUAAUGCUGAUUCUGAAUAUACCAUUUUGUUGGAUAUUAAAUUGAUAUUUGUGGUACUAUUUUACUAUUGAAAAAUGAACAUAAUUUUCCACAGUAGUACUAGUAGUUGAGUUUCACUUUUUUUUUCGUGCUUCAUGAUGCGCAAAAAAAUUCGUUGCACACCCCUCUAAAUUAUGACCCCUGCAAUAGAACGCGUACCUGGAACGAACCGAAACAGUGCGAAGAAGAAUCAUUCGUGGUUCUUCUUCUAGUUUCUGGAUUGUGAGGGUGUCGCUUCGUCUGAAGGUCGCCCGUCGUCGGUGCAAUCUUUUGAUCAUGGAAAUAAUAAAUAUCUUUUUAGUUG